AUGCCUCACGAGAAGCCACUUCGAGAGGGCCAUGGAAUCCAUGUCAGCAAAGCUAAUCAGCACCUGGAAGUCGAUGGCGGACCAGAUCCGACAGGAGGUGUGAAACCUCUCCAACAGGACCUCCCAUGUGGAACAGCACUACCAAGACCUGGCCUCCACGCAGGCCGAAACAACAGGCCACAUACUAACGAUGCAACACAAAAUGGAGCGCAUGGAGGAUCGCAUG